AUGUACAGAGUCGUAUUGCCAACGGAAGUGAUGCUGAUGGUGUUCACCCACAUGGGGCAUCUUUCGCGGCUGCGUUGUAAGAAGGUCAGCAAAGCUUUCUACAUACUUGCCAGUGAUCCGUCCCUGUGCACAACCCUGCCGCCAUGGAUGGUGAACGCAGACGGGCAAGGAUACCUAGAUAUACAG